AUGGACAACAUUAAAGAUUUUCCUCUUGAUAAUUGGAUUCGAGAACAGAGUCCAAAUUGCAAAGUUGCGUUUCAUGCUUCCUGCUCCAAGACUCUUUCAAUCAAUGAACUUUGCCAACUCUCUGCCACGCCCGGUACAGAAGCAUUUGACCGUCAUCUCAAGCUCGAUUAUGGCCCGUUUGAAGGCUCAACUAAACUGCGGUCGCGCAUUGCCGAGAUGCAUUCAACUCCUGAAACACCACUUACAGCAGAUAAUGUAAUCAUCACACCUGGGUCCAUCUUGGCCAAUUAUCUGGUUCUACAAACGUUGUGCAAGAAAGGGGAUCAUAUAAUUUGCCAGUAUCCUUCAUAUGGCCAGCUCUAUCUGUUGCCGAGACAUCAUGGGGUGGACAUUACACUUUGGGCCAUGGAAGAGGCUCAGAAUUGGCUGCCCGAUGUGAACAAGUUGGCGGGAAUGAUUAGACCAAAUACGAAGGCAAUCAUCUUGAACAACCCGAACAAUCCGAUUGGAACAAUUCUUUCCAGGAACUUCCUUGAGAAGGUUGUCGAUGUAGCUAAGAAGUCUAACAUUGCCGUCUUUUGUGACGAAGUCUUCACUCCACUGUUUCAUACGGAAGAUCCUGCUCCUCCACCAGUCGUAUCCUUGGGAUAUGACAACUCCGUGUCGACGGGAUCUCUAUCUAAAGCAUAUGGGCUCCCUGGAGUGCGGGUAGGCUGGGUCGUAUCUCGAAACGCUACGCUACUGCGUAAAAUUCUCGUUGCUAGAGAUUAUACCACAAUUUCAGUCUCGCAGCUCGACGAUAGCGUUGCCGCGUAUGCGCUUAGUCGUGACGUGUGCCCAAAUCUUCUGAAGCGUAAUUUAGAGCUGUGUAAAGAGAGUAUCACUGUGCUGGAUGACUUUGUGCGACGGAAUAAACGAUGUCGAUGGACCAAACCCCAAGGGGGAGGCACAGGCUUUAUCCAGAUCUUCGACGAUGAUGGCCAACCCGUUGACGACUAUGAGGUUGGGCUACAGAUUGUGAAGGAACAGGGCUUGUUAGUGGUUCCUUGCGGGUUUUGUUUCCGAGAAGAAGGAACCAGUGACUUCAAGGGAUACCUUAGGUUUCCUCUUGGGGAUCCUGAUGUGCUCCGGGAAGGUCUGCCUCUGUUGGAGAAAUUUUUGAACAAUUGA